AACAGUAACCCCUGGCCCUUCUCGCUUCUCGCCCCGCUACCGCUCCGGCUUCCCCGCCCUGGUCACCGCCGCCGUCGUCGCCGGCGCCCAUGGCGGCCUCACCGGAGACAGCGGAACCACCAGAGACCUCAGAUACGCACUCAUCACCACAUCCACCUUCUUCUCCCAGACUCCAUCCUACUCAAGAGAACCCCUCCCUGACCACCGCUGCUCCACCGGAGAUGGCCAAUCCCGAUCAGUUCACCCCUGUCCCACCACCCCCUGCAGAGCAAUCCACGGUGGAGCAUUCGGAGGCGGAACCGCUGCCUCCAACGCCGAUCGAUGAGGCGGAACCGCCGCCUUCGCACCCUCCUCCUCCAGAGGCGGAGCCCGCAGCAUCAUCUGCUUUUGAAGCGAUUCCCACGGAGAAUGUCGCUUCCCCUUCGCCGCUUCCGAAGGACGUGGCAGUUGAGGUCUCUCACGAGGUAGCGGCCUCGGCCCCGUCGCCUUCUCCCUCUCCAUCUCCCCAAAUCGUUGGGGCCUCACCGGAGGAUGCGCCACAGCCGCCGUCGCCGCCACGUACUCCUCCAGCUACGACCGCACAUAUCUCCACUGAUCCCUCUACUACCGGGGCGACAGCAAUGGCGUCCCAGGACCAGGAGGAAGCUGCUCGGCCAUCCCUUGCGCCCGAGACGAUGGACGCGGACUCGCGCACCGCGCCCGCGCCGCUGACUCUGCCAAUGGAGAGUGGGCCAGAAGGGUUGUUGUCACAGCAGAAGCCGCGUCCACCAUCCCCUACGCUAUGUGAAAAUUUGGAGCCUGCACAACCAUCGCCGCAGCCAUGCCAUCCAGCUGAAAGCACAGACGCCUCACUGGAUGCAGCUGUGGAUGAGGCAGUGGAAGGGACGCUAGAAAAAGCUGCUGGAUCACUGCCUGUGCCAGAGGUAACAAACCGGGACAUGGACAUCACAACUGGUAUGCUUCCAGCAUGGGAGAUUGGAUCAGAAGAAAUGCUGUCACAGCAACAGCUGCGACCACCUUGCUUAGAAACAGCGCCUCUGCGAGGUGAAAAUCCAAAGUCUGUAUGGCCACCACAGCCGCCACCUCCAGCUGAAAGCACAUAUGGCUGGUCAAAUGCAGCGACGAAUGAGGCAUCAGCUGUGGCUUCAGAAGAAGCUACUGUGUCAUUAGAGUUUGGGGCAGAGAGGUCGUUGCAGGAGCCAGUGCAAACAUCGAAAACUUCUAUAUUGGAAGCUGAGCCUUGUUCACCGGAGAUGGCUCCUCCAGGGUUUGAAGAUUUUAAGUCUCAAUGGUUGCCACUGUCGUCUCCUACUCUCGCUGAAUCCACACACAAUGUGGUACAAGUGGCUGCCAUCAAUCCUGUGGGCAUGACGCCAGAUGCAGCAACUGAGUCACUGCCUGCAUCGGAGGCCAUGGAUGUGGAGAUAAACAUAUCACCUGGCCUACUCCCACCGUUGAAAAGUAGGGCAGAGGUCCGAUCGCUGCAACCACCUCUGGGGUCAUGCUCUCCCAUGAUGGAAGCUGCACCAUGUUCACCAGAUAUGCCACCUCCGGGCUUUGAGAAUUGUAAGUCGUCAUGGCUACCGCAACCGACUAUUCCACCGCUAUGUGAAACCACAUACGCCUUGCCAGAUGUGGCUUCCACCAAGGCAGGGACAUCUGUGGAAAAGGCUUGCUCAGUGCUGGCAUUGGAGGCAACGGAUGUUGAGACAGGCACAGAGCGGUGGCGAUUGCCACAGUUGCAGAGUGGAACAGGGGGUUCACUGCAAGAGCCGCUGCCAAGAUCACCUUCUCCCACGAUGCAAGCUGCACCCUGUUCACUGGAUACAGCACCUCCGGGCUUUGAGAAUAUGAAGGCCAUGCAUGUGACAUCAAAGGGAGCUCCGCAGUCAUCUUCUGCAUCUGCAUUGGAGGCGAUGGAUUUAGACAUGGAUGCUGCACCAGCCGUGGCACCAUCAUCAGAGAGUAAAGCAGGGAAGUCAUUGCCACCUGAAACCCCCCUUGUGCCUUCUCAUGUAGCACAGCAUACGGCCUGUUCACUAAGGAUGGCGCCUUCAGGGUCUGAGAAUGUGGAGUCCGCACAGCAGCUGCUGCCACCAGCUGUGGUUCUUCCUCCUGAUGAGACCCCAGAUGCCUUGGCUGAUGCAGGGACCAAGACAGUCACAAUGGAACAAAUGCGUCAUCCAGUGUCUGUAACAGGAGCAACGGAAGAAGCAAAUGGGUCUAUUCUGCCUGCAGCACUGGAAAAUGGUUGUGAUGACCCAUUGCCAAACUUAGAGCCACAAGCAUCUCCUGCUGCAGUUCACGCUGCUCCUACAUCACCAGAGAUAGCUCCUACAAGUUUUGAGAAUUCGGAGUCCUUUCAACAGACCUCUCCUUGUCUAGCUGAGACAAUAGAUCCCUCCGCACAUUCAUCAGCUACUAUGCCUGCGAUUGUGAAGUCAAACAAAACGAAUCUGCCGUUAUCUCCAUUGCAGGCUACAGAUGCAGACAUGGAAAGUGCAACCCGGCAGCAGUCGCCAUUGAAGAGCGAAGAGAGGUCACUGCCACAGCCAGAGCAGCAUCCAUCUUCUCCCUCUGUGAAGAAUACUAAUUGUUCGCCAGAGGUUGCACCCCCAGGUUAUGAAAAUCUGGACUCCUCGGAACAGCUACCACUGCCACCGCCUCUUAGCAUGAAGUUUGAAAUGGGUCAAAUGGUAUGUGGAUGUUGUCGUCAGCUUCUUGCAUAUCCCAAGGGUGCUGUUCAUGUUCAGUGUUUUGGUUGUUGGACAAUAAACCUUGUAUUGGAAGAACAUCAAGUUGGUAAGGUGUAUUGUGGGGAGUGUGAUACAUUGUUGAUGUAUCCUUUUGGGGCUCCUGCUGUUAAAUGUUCCAACUGUCUUUUUGUCACUGAAAUCGGAGAGCGCAAUGUUCGUCCUCGGAUAUCAACGGAACAGAGUGUGUCACCUCACCCACAAGAAGUAGCUCACCAGAGCUAGUCAGGCUUAACCAUGUUCAGUCAUGUAGCCUGGAUGCUCCCUGUAAUGCCAGAAGCUUCAGAUGCCGCCAUGGCCCAUGGGAAACUUGCAAGUCUUUGGCAGUGUAACCACAAAUGGCACUGUGGAUAGCUUCAGAUGCAGCCUGUAGCGUGGGUGGACGAAAGGGAAAUCCUAGAUAGUAUCUCCAGAAUUAACUGUGAAAUGAAAAGAUCACAUCCUGCGGUCAUACUGCUUAGCUUGUCCAUAGGGAAGAUGAACUGUUUACACUCGACUGCAUCUGGAGCGGGGUAAGACAUAAGACGGGUGCCGGUAUGGUGCUUUCAGAUGAUACGUUUCCUGUACUCAGUGAGAGCCCUUCUCACUAAUGUGCGUUGAAGGUUCCAAAAGUGUUCUGCGGUCCUUGGUAAGCACCGGUUUCGCAAAUUAUACUUGAGAGGUACAGGGAUUUAGUACCUGUGCAGUAAAAUUUGGUACCUUCGUGGCAUUUUUACCCUCAAGGCUCCAAGAACCGGCAAAAGCUUCGACCCCCAAGGUCCCAACUGCAAGAAACCCACUGGCCUCGAGAAAUUUGGGUUGCCAUAUCACCAAUUCGCCAUGGUAGAAAACAGAAAGGUGGUUUAGGAAUUAAGGAUUUGAGGAAAAUGAACCUGAGUCUCAUGGUUGUGGAAACUAGAAAAUGAAGGACUUUGGCAGUGAGGAAAAAGUACAAGAAGAUUGAAAGGGGUAUAGCUCAAUUAAAGACUAAGCCCAACAACUCUCCGGUUUGGAAUGAUUUGUUAAAGGUCAAAGAUAUUUACCAAAAGGUAUAGUUAUUACAAUGGGAAAUGGUCAAAAUACUGACUUUUGUUCGGGGAAUGGUCCCUCUAAGAGAUAAAUUUCAGGAUCUGUACAAUAUAUGUAUUGAUCAAACAGUGAGUGUAGCAAACAUGGCUGUAAUAUAUGUAUUGAUCAAACAGUGAGUGUAGCAAAUAUGGUUGCGAGAGGUUGGAGAUUAACCUUCCACAGAUGGUUAGACAAAAGAGCUCCAAAUCAACUAAGGCAAAUGAGAGAUAUGCUCUCCUGAUAGAGAUAAACCAAAAUGGAUCUAGGGGAAAUCUGGAUCAUUUACUGUUAAA